UCCUCUCGCACUCGAAAAUGCUCGCCCUCACUCUCUUGUCGCUGCUACUGUGCGCCACCUGCCACGUCUCUUUAGCUUUCACCGACGGAUUAUUGCCCAAUGGCAAGUUCGAACAAGGGCCCAAGUCUUCGCAGAUGAAAGGUUCGGUGGUGACGGACAUACACGGGAUACCGAACUGGGAGCUAUCGGGCUACGUGGAGUACGUCAAGUCGGGCCAGAAACAGGGAGAUAUGGUUCUGGUCGUACCGGACGAAGGCCAUGCGGUGAGGCUAGGUAACGACGCAUCCAUUAAGCAGAAAGUUAACGUGACCAAGGGGAUGUACUACGCAAUCACGUUCACUGCAUCUCGCACAUGCGGUCAGGAGGAGAAGCUCAACAUCUCGGCAUCACCGGAUUGGGGCGUGCUACCCAUUCAGACUCUGUACAGCAGUAGCGGUUGGGACUCCUAUGCAUGGGCGUUCCUCGCCGACGACGACUCAGAGGUUGAGAUUCUGAUCCACAACCCAGGAGUGGACGAUACUGCAGCUUGUGGACCUCUCAUUGAUUCAGUUGCCAUGCGGACCUUGUUUCCACCUAGGCCCACCAACAAGAACGUGUUGAAGAACGGGGGUUUUGAGGAAGGGCCUUACCUGAUACCAAACACAACCUGGGGAGUUCUGAUCCCGCCCAACAUCGAAGACGAUCAUUCUCCACUGCCAGGGUGGAUGGUGGAAUCGCUCAAGGCUGUGAAAUACUUAGAUUCUGAACACUUCACCAUUCCGCAGGGGAAGCGUGCGGUGGAGCUUGUGGCCGGCAAGGAAAGUGCCAUGUCACAGGUGGCUCGAACCUUCCCAGGCAAGGACUACGCAUUGACGUUCGCCGUGGGAGACGCCGGCAACUCCUGCAGUGGAUCCAUGAUGGUGGAGGCCUACGCAGGGAGAGCCAGCCUCAAGGUGCCGUACGAAUCGCAGGGGAAAGGUGGGUCGAAGCGUGCGCUUCUGCGUUUCACGGCAGUAUCGACACGGACAAGGGUGAUGUUCCUGAGCAGCUAUUAUAACACAAGGAGCGAUGACAUGGCCUCACUCUGCGGGCCUGUCCUCGACGACGUGAAGCUGAUCGGGGUUCGCAACACACGACGUAGCUGAG